CCGACCGGCGCCAAAAGGAAACCGACGGCACCGUGUACUGGCUAUUAAGUGGAAGCAGAGUGUGUUGUGUAAACGUGGUCAGUGUGUGUAUCCGAGCUUAGUAAUCAACCAUGGCAUCGUUGAAGGUUGCCGUCCGGGUUCGUCCCUUCAACCAAAGAGAACAUGAACUCGGCGCAAAGCUCAUCGUGCAGAUGGAUGGAAAGAAGACUCGUUUGCUGAAACCGAAACUUGGCAUUGGCAAUGGCAUACGGGGCGAUCUCGCGUCCCGUGCGGCCCAGGAUCCGUUUAACGACUUCACGUUCGAUCAUUCGUACUGGUCGGUGGACGAACAUGAUCCCCACUUUACGCCGCAGGAAACCGUUUUCGACGAUCUCGGUACGGAGAUAGUGGACUGUGCGUUCCAGGGUUACAACGCAUGCGUGUUCGCGUACGGGCAGACGGGAAGCGGCAAAACGUUCACGAUGAUGGGCACACCGGAAGCGCAAGGACUUAUCCCGCGCAUCUGUCGGUCACUGUUCGCGCGCAUGAAGCUGGGCCAGGAGGAGGGUACGGGAUACAAAACGCAGUGCUCCUAUCUGGAAAUUUACAACGAGCGGGUAAAGGAUCUGCUCGGACCUAGCGGUGCUGGGCAUGGUUUGCGUGUGCGCGAACACCGCACUCUCGGGCCGUACGUGGAAAGCUUGUCCCAGCAUCCGGUGUCGGACUAUUCGGAGAUACAGAAUUGUAUGAUACAGGGUAAUAUCCAGCGGACGACAGCCAGCACGAACAUGAAUGAUACGAGCAGUCGAAGCCAUGCGAUCUUCACCAUAACCUUCGUCCAGGCACGCUACCUCAACGAUCUGCCAAGCGAAACCGUGUCCAAGAUCCAUCUGGUGGAUUUGGCCGGAAGCGAGCGGGCCAAUGCAACCGGUGCUACCGGGCAAAGGUUAAAGGAGGGCGCCCACAUCAACAAGUCGCUGGUAACGCUGGGCAGCGUUAUUUCCGCACUGGCCGAGCAAACCAAUCCGACCAACAACAAACGCGUGCUGUACAUCCCGUAUCGCGAUUCCAUCCUAACGUGGCUGCUGAAGGACAGUUUGGGUGGCAACAGUAAAACGAUCAUGAUCGCUGCCAUCUCACCGGCAGAUGUAAACUACAGCGAAACGCUCAGUACGCUGCGGUACGCAAACCGGGCGAAGAACAUCAUCAACAAGCCGACGAUCAACGAGGAUCCAAAUGUGAAGCUGAUACGCGAGCUGCGUGAUGAGAUAUACAAGCUGAAGCUGAUGCUCUCGAGCGACAGCGGUGCCGCUCUCGAGCCCCAGCUCAAGGUGCUGGAAGAUCUGCACAAAAAGGAAGCACAGGAAAAGGUGCUGACCGAGGAGUGGACGGAGAAAUGGCGCGAGGCGCAAACGAUUUUGCGCGAGCAGCGUUCGCUAGGUUUGCGCAAAUCGGGUGUCGGUGUGGUGCUCGACUCGGAGAUGCCGCAUCUGAUUGGCAUCCACGAUGAUAUUAGCACCGGCGUGACACUGUACAGCUUGAAGGAAGGUGAAACAACGAUCGGCACAGAUGAGGCGCCAUACCCGCAGGACAUUUCGCUGAACGGUAUCGGUAUCGCACCGGAGCACUGUCGCAUCGUGCUGUCGAAUGGAAAUGCGACCAUUUAUCCCAAUCCGAACGCUACCUGUCUGUUAAACGCGAGCAUUAUAGAAGUGCCGACCGCGAUCAGUCAGGGCGAUAUAUUGUUGCUGGGCCGGACGAACAUGUUCCGGUACAACAAUCCGGCCGAGGCGGCCAAAAUGCGUCAAGAGCACAGCCACCAGCAGCGAUCGUCUCGGCUCGAUCUGUCGCGCCUCUCGUUGAUAGCAGCAUCGCGCGAAAACCUAUGCGCUAGCUUUCUAAGCGAUGACGACGGUGGAUCUUCGCUGAGCUUAUUUGGUGGUGGUGCUGGUGGCACUAUGGCCUCACCACAAAACGCCUUCCGUUUCCGGCAGUAUACACCGAGCAGGGAGGAUGCCGAGCUGCAGGAUGAACAUCGGAAGAUUUUGCAAACGAUCGAAAAUGCGCUGCGCCAGCUGAAUCUGGAGCGUACGCGCAUGCACGAACAGUUUAAGCAUAAGAUUAAACUGUGCACCGAAGAGCUGGACCGGCUGGAAAGCACAAAGCGCGAUCGGUUGACAAUUUUGGACUGCCGGAUCGGGGAGCUGAUGGCACGGAAGGAGAUGGUACUGUGGGAGAAAAGCAAUGAAAAGACGCAAGUAGACAUAUUAGUGCGACAGCUGUCGGCUCUGCAGACACAGCUGGAUACGAAGAAGCGCGAUUUCUAUGAGUACGUCGCGAAAGAGCUUCAGGAGUUGCAGGAUUGUGGCCGUCUGGACGAGGCAAGCAGCGAACUAAUACGAAAUGCUCCUCAGACGGAGGAUUAUUCGGAAAUUUUACUUCAAAUAUCUCGCUCAUUGGAUAACUACUCGCAGCAGUACAUACGGGAGUUUGUUAGGCGCAAUCGCGAUGAGAUCAAUAAGUAUGAGACGGAGCUAAACGAAAAGGAGCAACUGCUGGCAGAAAGUACCCAAAAGAUUGCCGAUCUGGACCAAAAGAUACAGGAAUUAAUGCAGCAGAACAUGGAUUUGUUACAACAGCGAACCCAGCAAGAGUUAGAACAAAUUCAACAGAAGAAGCUUUCCAUGACACUCAAUCUCACGCACACCAACGUUGAAGCUGAUGGUGAGAAGGGAAUGGGUGAACGUACCGACCUACUGCUGGGUGUAAAUCGUGCAGGGACGCUAGAAACGUGUGACACUUUCCACACGGCCAAUUCGGAUUGUUCCUUCGUAUCCGCGCUCAACACGCCCGCGUUGAAUUCGUUGAACCAGCUCAUACCGACACCGAGCUCAACAGAGGACGGUACCGAAUCUGAUACGGGCGAUCGUGACUACGAGGAGGCUGUAUCGAACGGUGGCCUGCACGGCGGUAUGAGCGAUAGUGGUGUUAGCUUCGAAACCAAUAAGGCCACCGAUACGGCUGCCGCUUUGUUGGCCGAAGCGGACGAAAACGAAAGUGAGGGCAGUGUGGCUGGACAGAACGGCCCUGCAAGCGGGACGGCAAAGUUGCUCUUUCAAUCAGACGAUCAUUGUCUCCUGUUAGCAACUUCAUCGACUCCAAACCCAAAGUACGGUGGCAAAAAGAUGCCCACCACCACCACGACCGUGAUCGUGACGGAUGGAAACGGGCUGUUGAAAUCGAACCAACAGCAAUCGCCUCGCUUGCGUCACAAAUCGUCCGAUUCGGAUGAGGAGCGUACCACGGUAACGACGAUGUCAUCGACGGGUACACCCGGCUCUAAUCGGUUAAAGCUUUCACUCCCGAACCGAAACCGAAGCAAUAACAGCAAGAGUAGUAGCAUGCGUACGGAAAUCUUUGACAUCAGGCACGGCAUUCAUCCGUUACGGGUAAGCAGCGUUAGCAGUGGCACCGAUGGAAGCCACGAAGAGGAGGACGAUGAAGAGGAGCAGACGGGUAGACGUCGGCAUGAGGACGACGAGGAGGAGCGAAGGUCGCGUGGUUCAUCCAUCGACAACAGUUCGAUAACUUCGUCGACGGCGAAUCUGAUCCUGUGCGAAAUGAACCAUCUGCGUGAAUGUAUCGCUAGCAAGAAGGCGGAAAUUAUGAAAAUUCUCGAAACGAACGGCGAUAAAAAGUUGCUGGAUGGAAAGAUCGGUGAGCUGCAGGAUUUGCAGAAGCGUAUCGUGCAGCUAGAAAUUAAGAUACAGGACGUGGAGAAGAGUUGUCUGUCGGAUGGAGAGUUGCAGCUUGAUUCGAUGCGCGACAUUCCGGAGAGCUUUACGGAUAGUGAUGAUAGCCGGGUGGGAAAUUCAUGCAUCUAUCCGGGGUAUAUAAGAUCGCGCGAGCAAAAUAGCAUCUACGCACCAAGCGUUACACGAUCGUUACCGUCCAUGGAAGGAACCUAUCGUUCGGAUCAUGCAAUAAACAUACCCACGUACAUUAUACGAGGUGCGGGAAAACAAACGCAUUAUGAGUACGAGGUAAAGAUUAACUUGCCCGACGAACGGUGGACAUUGCUGCGACGAUACAGCCGUUUUCGUGAGCUCCAUUUAACGAUGAAGAAACUGUAUGGCGAUAAGAUUGCGACCAUACCGUUUCCGAGGCGUGAACUGUUUGCAUCCAACACGGAAUCGGUGGCGAAAACGAGACGUCGCCAGCUAGAAACGUACCUGCGCCGCCUAUUGGUCGUGUGUGCCAAAAUUCCCCACUGUUCCAUCUACGAGGGAGAAGGACGACCCGGUCUAACCAAACAGACGCUUAUCGAGUUUCAUCCAUUUUUCAAGAAAGGCCUAUUCGAAACGGGCAAACAUGGAACCGGAUAGUACACGAGCGAACGGUUGCUUUUGUAAAGGUUUCCGGGGUGGGCUGGUUAUAUUUUUGUGAUGUAAAAGACUUUUAGAUUUCUAGACCAUAAUUUGUUAGGGUUUUGUUUUUAGGUUAGGAAUACAAUAGGUAGGAACAAAUCAACCGGUUCGAUUAGUGGUUAGUCCGUUUGUUUUGUAUUGAAGGGACAUUGCAGAAAUCCAAUGAGCGCGCCCCUUUGCGGUGAAAAAACAAUCAACCGGUUCCGUAGGCGAUGCAAUGUAAUGCAAUAAGUUUUAAUUCUACGUUCUGCUAUCAAAUUGUUUCCUUCCUUUUACGAUAGUUUGAGUGGCCUUUGAUUGUUCCACGGUGUCUUACCCCCCUUUCAAAGUAGCAUCGAAUAGCACAGCAGUUAGGCUCAAAGCAGAAAUGACAAAACAAUGACAAUAAUAGCUGAUCCCGCGCGUGCUAUUGCGUAUGUGUGUGCUGAUACGUUAAAAACGAUGUUACUUCCAUCCAUUUCCCCUGCAAAAAGGAUGCACCAUCGGUACCGUCGUCUCCUUGGGCCCAGCUUCACCGGACUUUAUCGUACGCAUAGAUAAAGUGUUGCUCGGUUGAUAGUUUCUCGAACACAGGGCCUUAAGGUGGAUGAUGGGAAAAGUUAGCACGAAUUGUAAAAUGAGAAAAAUGUAUAUAGUACGCAUCAUUAGGUCUGUGCGUUAAUUAUGAAACCAAACUAGUGAGUGGAGUGAAGCAAAAAAGAAAAAGAAUAUCAUUCGGAAAAUAAUUCUAAUUAAACUAUUGUUAUAAUCUCCACAUACACACACUCAAAAGAAUAACAAACGAUCAUCACAAAUCAUAAUCACCGUCAUAUCAAACACCACGUACAACGCGUGCAACCCAUGUAACUGUGUUCCGGUUUGGUAAAAAUGUUCAUCAAUUGUAACUAACUGUGAUUAUUCUUCUCCCGCUACUGUUCUAGUUGUGCUAAAACCCUUCCCAAAGUUAUGUAGUUGCUUCCCGUUAUAGUGUAGCUUGCCCAAUGACAGGGCACCGCCGUUACGAAUGAUCUGUAUUUGACGAUCGAGUGCUUUCUUCCACCGUUUAGAUAAACUCUUUAUCCUUCCCCAAUGUGUUAUCCUCUCUUUGUUUCGUGUGAUAGAAUGUAUUUUUCUCCUGCAAACCUGUCUAUUAUGUAAGGUUUCCAAGUUAUUAAGUGUGUAAGAAAUAGUUUUUUUAUAUAUACAAACAAGGAAAUCUAAAGCUAGCUUUAAACACAACUGUGCUGACAUAGAACAACAAAUGUUGUAGGGCCUAUCAUUUGUGUGUGCUGCGUAGCAAUACGCUUCUUCCCCUUUGUGCAUGGGUUUUACUCGGUUCCUUUAUUUUGUUUUAAACAGUAGUUCAUUUGCUAUCCGUUUUGGCGACAUUUCCGUGCUUCAACUCUUUCUGGCGCUGAGCAGUACGAUUCAAACGUAAUAAUUAAGUAACUCAGGAGCUUGUUUACAACAGAGGCCUGUAUUGAAGUAUAAGAAACGAUUAAUGUUUAGAGCGGAACAGCCAGCGAUUCGUUGAACGUUGAAAACAGCCUGUAAUAUGAGGAAUGAAAAUAGAACAUCAAAUAACAACAUUUACAUACCGUUAUGUAUGUUGUAGUAAAGAAUUUAAAACAAAAAAUACUAAUGAAAUAAACAUGUAUAAAAAACACCCCAAAACACAAAACAAAUGAACUCGUUUCUCCCUGGAUUGUAGCAUGCAAUAUGCAGAAGAGAUAAAGGCGUACGGAAUGAGAUAGUUAAAUAAGUUAGCUUAACUCUAAAAACUAGAAAUAAAGCGACUGAUGAAUUGUGUCUAGUGUGUUGGUAAGCAAAAUUUCGACUAGUAAAAGUGGUAGCAAAAUUGAACGCAAAUCAGAUGGUAGGAAACAAAAUGAAUCAAAUGGAUGAUUAGACUGUACUGGGCGAUCAAUUAAAUUCGAUGUAAAGUGUAACGGAUGAUUGAAAUUACACAGAAAAUGAAAGAGUUUUUAAUUUUCCAUUCUUUACGGAUGGUUGGUUUUAAGACCUUUCUGCAGACACAAAUCGGGACUAAUUCCACUGACGGUGAAGUUACAGAAAAAUUGAAUGCGGUAAAGAAAACAAA